GUGGUGGUGGUGGCGGCAGCAGCGACUUGCGCCGGUAGCCUCACCUGGCUUAGGGUGCAACGGCCCCGCUCUGUGCCUGCCUCAUACAGCUGCCCUCGGGACCCCCCGUGCCCCCCGACCGCCGUCCUGCCCCGCUCCGCUCCCAACCGCCCCCAUGGACUUACUGGGCCCCAUGGAGAUGACGGAGGGCUCCCUCUGCUCCUUCACGGCCGCCGAUGACUUCUAUGAUGACCCGUGCUUCAACACGUCGGACAUGCACUUCUUUGAGGACCUGGACCCCAGGCUGGUGCAUGUGGGCGGGCUGCUGAAGCCCGAGGAGCACCCGCACCACCAUGGGCACCACCACGGGCACCCACAUGAGGAGGAACAUGUGCGGGCACCCAGCGGGCACCACCAGGCCGGCCGCUGCCUGCUGUGGGCGUGCAAGGCCUGCAAGAGGAAGACCACCAACGCCGACCGCCGCAAAGCUGCCACCAUGAGGGAGCGGCGGCGGCUCAGCAAGGUCAACGAGGCCUUCGAGACCCUCAAGCGCUGCACCUCCACCAACCCCAACCAGCGCCUGCCCAAGGUGGAGAUCCUGCGCAACGCCAUCCGCUACAUUGAGAGCCUACAGGCCCUGCUGCGCGAGCAGGAGGAUGCGUACUACCCGGUGCUGGAGCACUACAGCGGGGAGUCAGAUGCCUCCAGCCCUCGCUCCAACUGCUCCGAUGGCAUGAUGGAGUACAGUGGGCCGCCUUGCAGCUCUCGCAGGAGAAACAGCUACGACAGCAGCUACUACGCGGAAUCACCAAAUGACCCAAAGCAUGGGAAGAGUUCUGUUGUUUCCAGCCUUGACUGCCUCUCAAGCAUUGUGGAGAGGAUUUCCACAGACAACUCCACAUGUCCAAUACUGCCUCCAGCUGAAGCUGUUGCUGAAGGGAGUCCCUGUUCCCCCCAGGAAGGAGCAAGCCUGAAUGACAGUGGAGCCCAGAUUCCUUCUCCCACCAACUGCACCCCGCUUCCCCAGGACAGCAGCAGCAGCAGCAGCAGCAGCAGCAAUCCGAUUUACCAAGUGCUAUAAAGGCAGGUCCAGCUGGACUGCGCCGAGAACAAAUUGCUCCAUUCAGCCAAGCUCCAAGACUUGCCUUCUAAAGCAGAAGAGACUUCAAGACUUGUUUCAGUUUUAAAAUAUCAUGCAAAAUUCCUUCUGUAAGUUUUCAAACCUGUACUACUACAGAAUACACUUAGUUAUUUAUUGGUUGCUAAACUAAAUUUAUUUAAUAUGUCUAGAGAUAAAAGCGUAUACGGGGAAAUGGCCAAUGUUAAAUUUGGGCUUUGGAGAAUAGGAACCUGGCUCUUGAAUACGGAGGAAAAAAGAAAUCUACAACAGCAGUGGCGUGACAGAUCCUUCUUCUUAUUACCCCUGUUCUGGCCAAAAUAAGGUUGUGGACCAUUUUUUAUAAAACUUUUUGUAUAACUGUAAAUAAGAGUUGCUUUGCAAAAAAAAAAAAAAAAAAAAGAAAAAAAAAAGAAAAGAAAAAAG